UUGUGUUUUCUUCGUCCAUGUUUAUAAGGCACAAAUCCUUCUCCUAUCUUUCUUCUUUUUCUUCUUCUUGACCUUUUUAUUAUUCCUUUCCCUCCUUAUUAGAGGGAAGGAAACAAAGAAGAACAAGAUUAAUAUAAUUAUUAAUUUUUAAUUAUAUUUAUUUUCCCCUUUUUGGGUGAAACCAAAAAUCCCCAAAAAAAUAUGGAUUCAUCCUGUUACUCCAACGAUGCAGUUUCUGGGUUCAAAGAUAAGGAGUCAAUGGUUGACCCGUUCUUGGUUGAAGCUCUUCAGAACCCUCGUCAUCGUCUUACCAUUCUGCGGAUGGAGCUGGAUAUCCAAAAAUUUCUGAAUAAUGCUGAGCAACAGCAUUUUGAGUUUCAACAUUUCCCUUCUUCUUAUCUCAGAUUGGCUGCACAUCGUGUUGCUCAACACUACAGUAUGCAGACAAUGGUUCAAGAUAAUGGCUUAGAUGGGCAGAGUAAAAUUCUGGUCAGAAAGUUACCUGAAAGCAAGUAUCCUGUGGUUCGCUUAUCUGAAAUACCUGUAAAACAGUUGGACAGUGAGAAAUCUGAGCAGAAAAAAAUCGUCAUUCGACCCAGGCCUCAUAAUUCUGGUUUGAAUGGAGCCAAUGAUUCUGCUAGAAAAGGAAAUCCUCUAAGAAGCGUGGAAGAGAGGAAGGAGGAAUAUGAUCGGGCAAGAGCACGUAUCUUUAAUGGCUCUACAAGCUUUGAUUCAGGUGAUACCCCGACUUUGGUCCCAAUAGAUGGGAGAAGUUCUUUAAUGAGCAAGGACGAGAGUGAAACUAGCAAAAUCUCCAUGACUGAUUCUGAAAGAUUCAUUAGUGUGAGGGAUAAUAGUUAUCCUCGAGUUGCCAUUAUCAGAGAUAGGGAAAAGGAUCGAAGUGAUCCAGAUUAUGAUCGUAGCUAUGGAAGGUAUGCUAGGAGUCUCUCAGCCUCUGCAGUUAAUUUGGUGCCCUUUAAUUUGCCAAAAGCUCAACCUUCAUUUGCUCAGUAUGACGUUACUUUUAAUCAGUUGGGUCAGAUGUCACAAACUCAGGCUUCACUUGGAUAUGGACCUCCCUCAACUCCGAUAAUGAGCCCUUUUUGUACCCCGGGAUUGAAUCCAGCAUCUGGAGAUGGUGCUUACCUACAGUGGCCAAGUCCUACAAUGAUGUAUGCACAUUCAUAUGACCAAUUUAGACAUGCUGUUUACCAGGCUCCAUUUGGUCAACCGUUGAGCUUUGAUUAUUCACAGAACUAUUAGAUGAUAUGUAGGGAGGAAGGUUUGGAUUUGGAUUCAGAAGUUAUGUUGUUAGCCUUAUAGGAAAUCUCAUAUUAGGUUCAUUUUUCAGUACUUCUUUAUAGACCUUUGUUUGUUUUCUGUUAUUGUAGUAUGUAUGACUUUGAUUUUCAGUUUUGACGAUUACAGUACUUCUUGUUAUGUUACAGUUUAUAAAAUAGUGAACUCUAGUGGAUUAUGCAUUUGUUAUAACA